UCUCGGGAAAAACCUGCGAAAAUGUCUUACAACAGAGCAGCUACUGGAUCAAGUGCAUCCUAUAUUGAAAGUGACGCAAGAAAACAAACUUUUCCUACCACGGUAAACGAAAGCUGACUUCCUAACGAAGAAGAAUUUCCCGCCAAAAAACUAAAACUUUCCAACCACAACACUGUGGUUACUUCCAUACCACCAACUAAGAAGCAGCAGUGAGUGAUGCAGUGAAGGGAAUCCUACCAAAACGCAAGAACGAUUUAUUUGCAAACAGUGAGUGAAACAUUGCUGGCAGACAACUGGAGGCAGCUCCAGACAGGCGCUCCUGAACAACGACGACGACGACGACAAGAUGGAUUACAUAAAGGAAUUGGAUAUUCGACUUGAUAAGGAAUACUACUACGCCGGAGAAGUACUCUCCGGCAAGGUGAUGCUGCACACAACCGAGAAUUUCAAACUUAAAUCCAUCCGCCUACUGCUUCGAGGCAAGGCUCAUGUCGAGUGGAAGGUGUUCGUAUCCGGAGACAAGAGAACGGUGAAAGACGACCAGCUGUACAUUGAUGAGCGAGCUGUCAUAUGGGGCGAACGGACCUGCGAGGGACUAGACGUCACCGUACCGGUGCUGAUUCGCGGUCAGCAUCAGUUCCCCUUCCGCUUCAACAUUCCGGAAACCAACUUGCCCUGCAGUUUCGAGUCACGUGCCUGUUACAUUCGUUAUUUUGUUAAGGUUACCAUCGACAUUCCCUAUGCCUCCCCGCCACAAGGAAUCAAAUAUUUCACCGUUGUAGGACCACACAUCGACUGUAUGGACGAGCAAUAUCUGAAGCCGAUUACGGCUCAGGAUAAGAAAGUUAGGUGUUGUCUGUGCUGUGCCAAAGGACCGGUAACGCUAAGCUGUUCCCUCGACCGGACUGCGUUCUGUUGUGGCGAAACGCUCAAGCUCAAAUCCGUCGUCGACAACCAGGGUGAGGAGAGCGUAAAGUUAAAAGUUCGACUGCUCCAGCUUUGCGAGUUUUUCGUCGAACGAGGCGUGCUCGGCGUGACGAAGGAGGUCCAACACUUGGUACUCGAGUACAAGGGGGAACUAGUUGCUUCCCGAGAUCAUCAGGAUACCUGUGCCAGCCUGCGGAUACCGACGGUGCCUACGACACUGGUGGGUGUCUGCCGGUUGGUACAGAUCUACUACACACUGACGGCAUGCUUGGAAUUUGAGAAAUCGGGCGAUGAUUUGCACAUCAAUUUCCCCAUCACCAUUGGAACGGUCCCAUUCCGAAUACCGAACAGCAAUCUGCAACCGCACAUAGGAUACGAGCCCGCAAUUGAUCACGUGGAAGGUGGUAUUUAUAUCGGGCCGGAAUUCCUGCUGGGGGAAGUGUACGACGGAUGUAAUGUCAGCGACAACGAAUACCGUGACCUGGCACCCCUCUAUCGUCCGGUGUAUCUCACGGUGGUUCGUAGCUCCCAGCAAAUAGCGGCCCGGGCUGCCGGCCGAGCCAAUCGCAAAAAGUCCUCCUGCGAGGUGGAAAUCGCUGAAAUACACCGGAAAUGAAUUGACUCACAGCUGAGGUAACAGAGGUAAACAUAGGCAUACAAUACCUACAUGCUUGUAGGAACGCACUACACACAGUCUCCAUCAUCAUCAUCAUCAUCAUCAUCAUCGUCACCAUCGUGGUCGACCGAACUAACGUACCAAACAACCACCCCCACCUACCCAGUCAACACCGAAACGCCAUCCGUCUCCAUCGGCAGCGAGUAACGGCGUGUAAACAUUAAACGAGCAUAGGUAGGACGAGCAAUAAAUGUAUUGGACGGGUUCAAG